AUGUAUCAAGACCAGAACGGUCAUACAGUUCAUACAACUACCAGCGAUAUUGAGGAAAAUAAUUCGUAUGAUCCUCAAGAUCUUACAUUGCCUCUUCCACAACAUCUAAAUUCUAUACAGCAGUCUCAACAACAGCAUAAGAAUGGGCCUGCAUAUUUUACACUAAAAAGUAGUUCAUCUGACGAUGUUUUUAGACAUCCUAUUCUGCAAUGUACACCUGAUUACUUCAUUCCGACAGGACUCGAUCAAGGUCCACAACCUCUGACACAUACUACAAGAGCUUCACCAGCAACAGUUCAAUGGUUAGUGGAUAAUUUUGAACCGGCUGAAGGCUGUUCUCUUCGUCGCUCAACGCUCUAUACGUUUUAUUUACAACAUUGUUCGGAACAAAAACUGGAACCUGUAAAUCCAGCGAGUUUUGGAAAACUAAUUCGAUCCGUAUUUUUGGGUUUGAGAACUCGUCGACUAGGAACUAGAGGCAAUUCUAAAUAUCAUUAUUACGGAAUACGUGUGAAAGGCACUUCAACUUUAAAUCAAUAUAGCGAUGAACAUGGUGGACUCACAUUUCGAGGACAACAACAUUUUCAAAAUAUGAAAAGACGUUGGCCAGUUUUGCACGAUGCAUCUUCGCCUCCUCCAGAGACUAAAUCAACAAUCAAUACAACUCAAGAACAAUCGUAUCCAUCUCAUUCAUCUUCCAGUCUACGUGAAUCAGAAACAAACGUAGUAGCUAAUCAACAACACUAUGUACCAGAAACGAAUGGUAUUGUUAUAUCUGAAUCUAUCCAGAUUAAUUCAUCAACUAUUUUACCAGAUUGUAUUACACAUGAGGAUUUGAGACGAUUUGAAAGUUUAUACAAAGACCAUUGCACAAAACUAUUCGAUGUAAUUACAAAUUUACAAUUUACAUCAGUCGAGCAAAUAUGGCUUAGUUUUUGGCAACCAUUAUCGAUCAAUGAUCAAAGUGAUGCUCAAAGUUGUCAUUCAAUUCCCAUUAUUCAACUUCAUAGUCUAUGCUCAAUGCUGCAAGUUCAAGAGUUUAUUCAUCUUUGUGAUUAUCAGUUAUAUCAACAAUUAGUCGAGAGGCUGAUUACAGAUAUUCUAAGUCCAAUGCCGGGUCCAAUAACCCAGUCGAUUCGUAAUUUUGGCAAAGGUUUAGAGUCAUCAUUAAGGACAGCCAUUUCACAUAUGCCUGAACGAUUAAAAACAAUCAAAUUAACAAUUGUAAAUGCUUUCGCCAUGACUCUACGUCGUUAUACAUCAUUAAAUCAUUUAGCUCAGGCAGCAAGAGCCGUAUUACAAAAUACAUCACAAGUACAACAAAUGUUACAAGAUUUAAAUAAAGUUGACUUUCAUAAUGUACAAGAACAAGCAUCAUGGGUUUGUGAAUGUGAUGAUCUCGUUGUGCAACGUUUUGAAUCUGAUUUCAAACAACAAUUACAAUCGCAAUCAACGGUAGAACAAUGGGCACAAUGGUUAGACGAUGUCGUAGUAAAUAUUUUGAAACCUCAUCACAAUUCUCCUACAACGACAUACGAUUUGCAAACUUAUACAAAAAUGGCUAAGCAAUUUUUACUUAAUUGGUCAUUUUAUUGUUCAAUGGUGAUUCGUGAUUUAACACUGAGAAGUGCCGCCUCGUUUGGAUCAUUUCAUUUAAUUCGUUUACUCUAUGAUGAAUAUAUGUUUUAUUUGAUCGAACAUAAAAUUGCUGCAUAUACGGGAAAAACACCAUUGGCAAUAAUAGCAGAAUCUGAUCUGCAAUCAAAAUUAAAUAUUUAUGAUGUUGACGUUCAACCGUUGUCUUCUCAGCUCACUAUGACAAGCAGUUUACCGUCUUCUACCACAACAACUUCGAAUGGAAUUGGAUCUACGAUAAGCAUCGAGCGCCGAAAUAUUAUGGCUCAUAAAGUAGCUUUAGUUGUUAAAAAAACACCGCAGAUUGAUGGUAACAGUUUAACAAGUACAAUGACUGGAGGACAAAAUCAGGCUAAAGUCGUAACGUUAGCCACAGAAAAUUUACCAUUUUUUAAUAAAAUGCUUCAAGUGACCUCUGUUUCAAAAACUACACCCUCUGUUCAAGUUCUCUCAUUAAAUCCAUUAGCUGCCACAGAUGAAUCUCAUACUAAUAAUGGAUCGACAAUAAUUAUUGAUUCUUCACGUAAACCAACACUUGUCACUACACCUGUACUACAAAAGCGUCCUAUUUUAAUCGAAAAUGAGAAUAAAGAUCAAGAACAACAAUUACUAUCAAAAUGUUUGAAAACUGAAUAUGAACGCCAAGAUACAGUCACAAUAACUGAAAGGUAA